UUGUGUUUUGCACGGUUCGGCGUCGCUUUUCACACAUAGCUGCUGUAAUUUCGUAUUUUAAAAUAAAAACUAAAAACUAACCAUGGAAGAAAUUCCGUCUAUUCGUCGACGCUCAUCGUUGUUUUCCAUGAAUCAUGCUAGUGAUUCCGGCUCAACCUCAAAUGAACUAGUCAAAUAUGAGAAGCAGCUCCGGCUUGAAAUAAAACAGUGGAGUUGUUUGCUUCGUACCAAAUCUCAUAAGAUACAGCAGUUACGUGCAUCGUCCCACAAGGUGGAUGCUUCCAUUUUGAGCGAUGAGCAGCGAAGAUAUCUGGCUGACGGUCCAACAGUGGAUAAUUACAUUGCCGAAACCGAAACAUUCGAUAAAGCGAUCACCAAAUACGUUGAGCAAAAAUCAUUUCUGAUGGAAAGGAAUGCGCAUAUUGUGGAACAGGCGAAAGCAUUAGUGGAACUAGAGAUUAAAGAUAAAAUAUCCAGCGAGCUAUCGGGAACUAUCGUUCCAUAGUAAGAAGCGAGUGUUCGUUUAUUUAAUCAUGUUUUGUUACCAGAAAUUUAUCUGCAAUUAUGAUCAAAUGCAUUUUUACAGCAACGCUGCGU